AUGGCGAUUCUUUCAGAGGACCACGGUCUUCGACUCCCCAAUCCGCCACCACUGUUACAUACUCGUGGUCAAUUCGAUCGUCCCUCUACUCCCGCCGAUGGCUUCACCAGUCCCCCACAGACCCCUCAGGGUAGCCCCAGCAAGUCACGAAUGCCGCCGGGCGCACUCGACUUGCCUAAUGUUUUCGACAAGGCGAUGAAGUUGACACCCACUUCUCCCUCAAAAUCGACCCACAAUCAUUACAAUCAUCCUAUGUUCUCUGCUGGCAAGAGUGGCGAGGACUUGAACGAGAGCGUGGUCCAUCAGACCCCUUCCAGCCCAACCCGCAGAGCCAACAAGGAAAACACACCGCCGAAUCCGACGCGCCUAACGAAGGAGCUGGCUUCGACCCCGACUGCUGCAGCCCUUUCACGCCAGCAGGCGUAUCAACCCCCACCCCGCGAUGACACAACUAAGCGCCAGGUCCAGAUGCGCGGCCUCACGCCAGAGGAAAUGGAGAAACUGGCACAGCCCAAGGUGAAGCGCCUGGUCAAUGUAACCCAGCUCUAUUUCCUCGACCAUUACUUUGAUCUCCUCAGCUACGUCCACAACCGCCAAACCCGCCACGCACAAUUCCGAUCCGCCUACCCUGACCCACCCGCUACCCCUGAAGAAGAGCAUGAACCGGCUCUCUUGAAAUAUCUCGGUCGCGAGCGCGCUCAUCUGCGCAAACGCCGAACGCGCCUCCGCCAAGGUGACUUCCAGAUAUUGACUCAGGUCGGUCAGGGUGGGUAUGGACAGGUGUAUCUCGCACAGAAGAAGGACACGCGCGAAGUGUGCGCUUUGAAGGUCAUGAGCAAGAAGCUGCUUUUCAAGCUUGAUGAGAUUCGUCAUAUCUUGACCGAGCGCGAUAUUCUCACGGCGGCCAAGAGCGAGUGGCUCGUCAAGCUGCUCUAUGCUUUCCAGGAUGAUACGCAGAUCUACUUGGCUAUGGAGUAUGUUCCCGGCGGUGACUUCCGCACGCUGCUGAACAACACCGGUGUUCUUCACAAUCGCCACGCACGGUUCUACAUUGCAGAGAUGUUUAGCUGUAUUGAUGCACUGCAUGUGCUUGGCUACAUCCAUCGGGAUCUGAAGCCCGAGAAUUUCUUGAUCGACUCCACAGGCCACGUCAAACUGACCGACUUCGGUCUGGCGGCAGGCAUGCUAAGCCCCGGCAAGAUCGAGUCUAUGCGCGUGAAGCUGGAGGAAGUCGGAAACACGCCCGUUCCUUUCGGUCGGCCGAUGGAACAGCGUACCAUGGCAGAACGAAGACAAGGAUACCAGUCCUUACGCCAGCGGGAAGUGAAUUACGCAAAAUCGAUUGUUGGCUCGCCGGACUACAUGGCGCCGGAAGUGCUCAAGGGCGAUCAAUAUGAUUUCACGGUCGACUAUUGGAGCUUGGGAUGUAUGCUUUUCGAAGCGUUGGCUGGGUACCCGCCGUUUGCCGGUGCAACAGUCGAUGAGACGUGGCAGAACUUGAAGCGCUGGCAGAAGGUGCUGCGGAAGCCUGUAUACGAGGACCCUAACUACUUCCUGUCACGGCGGACAUGGGAUCUUAUCACGAAACUGGUUGCCGGGAAGGAGCAGCGGUUCAAGAGUAUAAAGGAAAUCCACUCGCAUGACUACUUCGCCGAGGUUGACUUUAACAAUCUGCGCACCCAGCGCGCUCCGUUUGUUCCUGAGCUUGAUUCUGAGACUGAUGCUGGGUACUUCGACGACUUCAGCAAUGAGGCGGACAUGGCCAAGUACAAGGAGGUUCAUGAUAAACAGCGCGCGCUGGAAGAUAUGGCCGAUCGCGAGGACCAGAUGGGCAAAGGCUUGUUUGUCGGGUUCACUUUCCGUCAUCGCAAACCUGCCGUCGACAGCAACGGUCGCAGCACCUCGCCCCGGAAGCCAAUUACUACGGACGGCACAUUCGGAACAAUGUUCUAG